UGGGCGCACCGUCAGAAACGCUACACAGCAGCGGGCUUUGACAAAAUUCCGAACUACUUAGAUUGUGUUUUUGUUUUGAAGUGCGUUUGCAGGCAGAACAUUCAAAAAGCUAACGGAAUUUCGCCGAGUGUCGGGUCUGUAGUUACUUUUCUUUCCAUGUUUUUUUGCCGAACAGAAAAAAUUUGAAUAAAAUCGUGCUCAAAAGUGAAAGCAUAGUUGGUAAAGCGAACGUAGUGCAAAUAUUUGAAAGUGUCUGUGUGUUAGUGCAAGGCUGUUUGCACUGUAAAUGAGUGCAACUCCUGUCAAAGGAGCUUCGCGCAUAAAAAGCGCCACACCGUGGAAAGUAAAUAACGGUAGAAAGUGAAAUGUUUUGAAAUUUGAAUUCGAACUAACCGAGGACACGCGUCGCGUCGAGCGCAGCAGGAGCGACGGACAGGCGGCGAAGUGCGUGCUGCUCCACUUAUGCUCGUCAGCAAGGAGGUCGUGAAGUUGUAUAUCAGUUAAGCGCAAAUUACACAAGAACACCUUACAACCAGCAAACAUUUGGAUCACAUACUAAUUCUGACAGCACAUUAUUUGAAAGUACUGAAUUCUCAACGCAUACCGCUUAUUGCGGCUUAUAUUUAGAUAUUUGGUACUAUCAAAUCUCCCAACACCAUUACCCAAACGAACAUGCACAUAGCCAGCAGUGACCUGCAAGAAGAUGAAGAAGUGCCGCUUGACUUGCCACUUAAAGAAAAAGAAAAUCGUCGAGCUAAUACAACAAAAAUGAUCGCUAACACCCAACCGGAGGCGAGCAGUUCAAAGCACAGCGUGCGCUUCGGCAUCUCGCGUAGCCAGGAGGAAGAAUCUAAGCCGACACUUUUGGAGGUGGAAACUCCCACGCACUUUGGCCGCAUUUCACCACUGCUCUCCACCAAUCUACGUAACUACGGUGCCGGCAUGGCUGACGUCGCUGGCGCCACCACUAACACCAUACCGCGCGCCACUAACUUACGCUUGAAAUUUCGCAAGAGUCACACUUGCGGCAGCCUUUUUGCCAAUUGCAAUUGUAGCAGUCCACCAGCAAUGCCGCCCCCCAUGCAUACGGCCGGCAGCGGUAGCAGCAGCGGCAGUACGUCACAAAAUUUGAAUGCGCAACGCUCCAGCUAUGCGACCGCGCCUUGCAUGUUCAAUUUUUCGAUAUCACCCACGAAUGCGGACCUCUCCAGUCAUAGCGCCUCCACGCAACACACAUCGAGCGGCUUCUAUUCGCUCUCCACGCAAACAUCGUCCGCUACAUCGGCACAACUAUCGCGCGAUGAGAGCAUGAACGUCAGCUUCGACUGGUGCGGCGGCCAAGGCGAGGGGCGUUCGAAUAGUCUCGACAGCGGUGUUAGUGCUAGCGGUGGACAGUCAGCCACACUGCCGCAUCGCAAACACAGUCCAGUCAGCUUUCGGCUAGCAAGCGUUACGGAGAACGAGCACGCUUCAAUAGAGAAAACGCGCAACGCCACAGCGAAGUCAUUACAAGUGCCGGGUACUGCUACAAUUACAGACGCUGCUGUAGUUGCGCCGGUUGUGUCGGCAGCGAUCUCACCGACCACAACGCGUAAAAACGAACGCAAAGCCAAACGGUUCUUUCAGUCCUAUUCGCAUCCAGAUACGGAUUACAUCUUCACCGAUGCCAAUAAGAAACCGUCGCGUGAAUCGCUCAUACAGAUACAUGUGCAACAUCAGCAAGAACCGGUCAUAAAGACGCGUGACGGUAAAUUAGAAUUCAAACAACCGAAACGUUCGUCCUCACCGAAUAUCGGGCAAUACCAAGUGUUGGACGUGGCUGUGCACCCUGACAUCCUUGUGAAAAUCUCACCAAAACAUUCGCCAGUACCGGGUUCGCACUACCAAACGCAAUCGCCACAAAGUACACCGCGUUCGGCGCAGCAGCGGCGUCGCUUAUUACAACGUUCACACGAAAUCGACUCGGGCGGUUCGACAUCGGAGUCCGAGAAGAACUUUGAGUCGCCGCCGGUGGUAAAUGCAGCGGAUUUAAAAUUACAAUUCGGCAAGGAAAACAACAUACAAACGACGGAGAAGUUGGCGAGUCCUAUUAAGUCCAGAGCUCUGGUUGAGGACGCGAGUUUCGAUGCAGCGCAGAAAUACUUUGCGGAAAGUGGUAUUCUAGGACCUAUCAAUACAGCUAGUCCGCUGAUCAGAAAGACGUCAAAAAUAUUACAGGAUGCCAAUGUGCAUGAGCAGAUUCGUAAAACAUCGAUGAUAUUGCGUGCCAACGGCGGCAUUAACAGCGGCAAUAACACAAACAGCAACACGUCACCAACAACGACAACAACAGCGACGCCCAAGCUACAGUCACCAACGUCGCCGAAAUCGAAGGCACUGCCAUUGGCGCCCUCAUUGGCGUUGGUAUCCGCGGAGAAACCCAAAAUCCCCACAAUUGAUGAGAAUAGCUACAGCAAGCAAAAUAACUGUAAUACACAGUACAAUGUCUACAAUAUGGAGAGGCCCACACCAUUAACCUAUGCCCACAAAAACAACAGCAGCAGCAGCAAGAGCACAAACGGCUUGAGUACACCAGAAUCACCGCACACCAUGGCGACCACUUGUGGCUUCAGCCCCAACGUGACGACAAAGAGUUGCAACGUUACCGACGAUCGCGAUGCCCAAAUCAAGAGUAUGCAAGGCGAAAUCGUCUCACUGAAGGAUGUCAUAAAGGCACGCGAUGCAGAAAUCGCUAAGCUACGCAGGGAAAUACACAAAUUGAAGAGCGUUCUCCAGCAAACAGCCAAUCCGCUGCCCAUAGCCAUCGCCGAUCUGCCGCCAUCGCCCACAACACUCGCGCCUUCGCCCAAUAACUUUCUACUCGCCAGUUCGAAUCAAAUUUGCACCGUCUGCAAGAAGAACUUUGAAGUGGACGGCAGUUCAAACCUGCGCAUGGGACAACUUGCGCUGGAGAAUAGUAACUCAGUUGAAUCGAAUAGCAGUGAUGCAACUAGCGCCGGUAACACCACUGUAACCUGUGCACUGGCCAAUAAUGCCAACAAUGGCAUCAACAAUCAGCCGGUGGAGAUCGCCUUGGAUGCGGCUGCCGCACAAACGGCCAACGAGGCGGCGGCCGCCGCGCUCCCAAGCAACGGGCUCAAGGCGAAGCUGCUGCCAAUGGCAACGCACCAGCAGACGCCAGUGCUCAAGAAACAGGGUGUCUCCGGUGAGAGUUGUGAGACGUCGAUGCAGCAAUCGUUUAACAUACCAAUACCAAAAUUCGAGAAGGAUUUCAGUUCCAAGCAACUCAUCAAGGACGCCAUUAUGGAUAAUGAUUUCCUCAAGAAUAUCGAUGCGUCGCAAGUGCGCGAACUGGUGGAAUCCAUGUAUCCGCUCUCAAUCGCCAAAGGCGAGUUUGUGGUGCGCGAGGGUGAAGUGGGCGCUCAUCUCUACGUGUCGGCCGAAGGUGAAUUUGAGGUGGUCAAAGGUGGUGUUGUACUGAGUGUGAUGGGUCCUGGCAAAGCUUUCGGCGAACUUGCCAUUCUCUACAAUUGCACGCGCACGGCGUCAAUACGCGUCUUAUCGGAUGCACGCGUCUGGGUACUCGAUCGGCGGGUCUUCCAACAGAUCAUGAUGCGUACUGGCAUACAACGCAUUGAAAAUAGCGUGAACUUCCUGAAGUCAGUACCGCUUCUAAAGAAUCUCAGCAUGGAGGUGUUGGCGCAAAUUGCCGAUGUGCUGGAAGUGGAAUUCUAUCCAGCCGGUACUUACAUAAUACGUCAGGGCGCCAGCGGUGACACUUUCUUCCUCAUCUCACAAGGUAGCGUUAAGGUUACACAAAAACUAACGCCCACCUCGGAGGAGAAGGAGAUCCGUACGCUGGAACGGGGCGAUUACUUUGGUGAGCAGGCUCUCAUCAAUGAGGAUAAACGUACAGCGAAUAUUAUCGCUAUGGCGCCGGGCGUUGAAUGUCUGACGUUGGAUCGUGAUUCAUUCACACAGCUGAUUGGUGAUUUAUGCGAGUUGAAGGAGAAGAACUAUGGCGAUGAGAAUCGUGUGCUGGCCAUGAAGUAUGCUGAGAAGACGAAGGAGAUUUUCGGCGCUAAUGUUAAGCAAGAGUUCCCUGACAUGAAGCUCACCGAUCUAGAGGUUGUCGCCACACUCGGCAUUGGCGGUUUCGGCCGCGUUGAACUUGUCAAAGCCUACCGCGAGAAUAGGGUUGACACAUUCGCACUCAAAUGCCUAAAGAAGAAGCAUAUUGUCGAUACCAAACAGGAAGAGCAUGUCUUCAGCGAACGCACCAUUAUGCUAACGUGCGAUUCACCUUUCAUUUGUCGUCUCUAUCGCACAUUCCGUGAUGAGAAGUAUGUGUAUAUGCUGCUCGAGGCCUGCAUGGGCGGCGAGAUUUGGACGAUGUUGCGUGAUCGUGGCUGUUUCGAUGAUAACGCGACACAGUUCAUUAUCGGCUGCGUUUUGCAGGCAUUCGAGUAUUUGCAUGCGCGCGGUAUUAUUUACCGAGAUCUCAAGCCAGAGAAUCUAAUGUUGGACGAGAGAGGUUAUGUAAAGUUGGUGGACUUCGGUUUUGCGAAAUAUAUUGGCAACAGCAGCAAGACCUGGACAUUCUGCGGCACACCGGAGUACGUGGCGCCCGAAAUUAUACUAAACAAGGGACACGAUCGUGCGGUCGACUAUUGGGCUUUGGGUAUACUCAUACAUGAGUUGCUCAAUGGCACUCCUCCCUUCACCGCCACUGAUCCAAUGAAAACAUAUAAUAUUAUACUGAAAGGUAUUGAUAUGAUCGCCUUCCCUAAGCACAUGUCCAGAUCGGCUGUCCAGCUGAUUAAGAAGCUAUGUCGUGAUGUGCCAGCUGAGCGUUUGGGUUACCAAAAAGGAGGCAUACAGAAUAUUAAAAAGCACAAAUGGUUCCUCGGCUUCGAUUGGGAUGGUCUUGAACAGCAGCUGCUUAUACCGCCAUUCGUGCGCCCUAUCGCGCAUCCAACGGACACAACAUACUUUGAUAAAUUCCCCUGUGAUCCCGAGGAACCGCUAGACGAGUUCUCCGGCUGGGAUGCGGAUUUCUAAAGCACAGCAAGCGUUUUUGCAAUAGCAACGAGUGCCUUACAGCAGCGGAGCUUCAUGUUUGCCCAAGUUAUUCGCAUUGGUCACUUGCUUUUCGUGAAAUUUCUGACGAUGACUUUUUCCUAAAAGCAUUUCUUAACAAAUUCGGCUUAAAGGAGAUCAACAGCGACGUCGUAUAAAUUUUUUUCUAAUGUAUUAGUAGUAGUAAGCACUUUGCACUGCUAACUUGCAUCCAUGUAUUUUCUAACUGUGAACUUUCAUACAUAUAUACAUGGCUGAAAGCUUAGUAAUAAAGCGAUAGCUAUAUGUAGUACACAUACAUGCACAUAUGUGUGUCUAAAAUAUGAAAAUUAAAAAUAAACCUUCUUUAGCUUUAACCACUAGCACUACAGUAAUAAUAUUUGCUCAAGUAUUUUGUAUGAGAAAUUGCAAUGAAAUUGUGUGCCUUGUUUUAUAAUUAAACGAAAUACAAUUAAUAGCAUAGCCUCUAAAGAAUUAUAAUACUAUUUUUAUCCACACUCUUCGCAAAAUUUGUUAAAUAUUACAUUUGUCUAUACAUACUAAUGCAUAUUAAAUGUGAGUGUUUGUUAAGGGAGCUCAGCUUAGAAAGAUUAAUGGCUGCGGCUU